AUGUGGACGUGGACGUGGACGUGGACGAGGACGUGGACUGUGGACGUGGUCGUGGACGUGGACGUGGACGUUGACGUGGACGUUGACGUGGACGUGGUCGUGGACGUGGACGUGGACGUGGACGUGGACGUGGACGUGGUCGUGGACGUGGACGUGGAUGUGGACGUGGACGUGGACGUGGACGUGGACGUGGUCGUGGACGUGGACGUGGACGUGGACGUGAACGUUGACGUGGACGUGGACGUGCACGUGGACGAGGACGUGGACGUGGUCGUGGACGUCGACGUGGACGUGGACGUGGACGUGGUCGUGGACGUGGACGUGGUCGUGGACGUGGACGUGAUUGUGGACGUGGUCGUGGACGUGGACGUGGACGUGGACGUGGACUUGGACGUGGACUUGGACGUGGACGUGGACUGUGGACGUGGACGUGGUCUGGACGUGGACGUGGACCUUAACGUGGACGUGGACGUGGACGUGGACAUGGACGUGGACGUGGACGUGGACGUGGAGGACUUGGACGUGGACGUGGACGUGGACGUGGUCGUGGACGUGGUCGUGGACGUGGACCUGGACGUGGACGUGGACGUGGACGUGGACGUGGUCGUGGUCGUGGUCGUGGACAUGGACGUGGACGUGGACUUGGACGUGGACGUGGACGUGGACGUGGUCGUGGACGUGGACGUGGACGUGGACUUGAACGUGGACGUGGACGUGGACGUGGACGUGGACGUGGACGUGGUAGUGGACGUCGACGUGGACGUGGAGGACUGGACGUGGACGUGGGACGUGGUCGUGGACGUGGACGUGGACGUGGACGUGGACGUGGUCGUGGACGUGGACGUGGACGUGGUCGUGGACGUGGACGUGGACGUGGACGUGGACGAGGACGUGGACGUGGACGUGGUCGUGGACGACUUGGACGUGGACGUGGACGUGGACGUGGUCGUGGAUGUGGUCGUGGACGUGGACCUGGACGUGGACUGUGGACGUGGACGGGACGUGGUCGUGGUCGUGGACGUGGACGUGGACGUGGACUUGGACGUGGACGUGGACGUGGACGUGGUCGUGGACGUGGACGUGGACGUGGACGUGGACUUGAACGUGGACGUGGACGUGGACGUGGACGUGGACGUGGACGUGGUAGUGGACGUGGACGUGGACGUGGAGGACUUGGACGUGGACGUGGACGUGGACGUGUGGGACGUGGACUUGGUCGUGGACGUGGACGUGGACGUGGACGUGGUCGUGGAUGUGGACGUGGACGUGGUCGUGGACGUGGACGUGGUCGUGGACGUGGACGUGGACGUGGACCUGGACGUGAACGUUCACGUGGACAUGGACGUGGACGUGGACGAGGACUUGGACGUGGUCCUGGACGUGGACGUGGACGUGGACGUGGUCGUGGACGUGGACGUGGUCGUGGACGUGGACGUGGACUUGGACAUGGACGUGAUCGUGGACGUGGUCGUGGACGUGGACGUGGACUUGGACGUGGACUUGGACGUGGACGUGGACGUGGAAUUGGACGUGGACGUGGACGUGGACGUGGACGUUGACUUGGACGUGGACGUGGACGUGGUCGUGGACGUGAACGUGGACCUGGACGUGGACGUGGACGUGGACGUGGACGUGGACGUAGUCGUGGACGUGGACGUGGACCUUGACGUGGACGUGGACGUGGACGUGGACAUGGACGUGGACGUGGACGUGGACGUGGAGGACUUGGACGUGGACGUGGACGUGGACGUGGUCGUGGAUGUGGUCGUGGACGUGGACCUGGACGUGGACGUGGACGUGGACGUGGACGUGGUCGUGGACCUGGACGUGGACGUUGUCGUGGACUUGGACAAGGACGUGGACUUGGACGUGGUCGUGGACGUGGUCGUGGACGUGGACCUGGACGUGGUCGUGGACGUGGACGUGGACGUGGUCGUGGACGUGGAACGUGGACUCGUGGACGUGGACGUGGACCUUAACGUGGACGUGGACGUGGACGUGGACAUGGACGUGGACGUGGACGUGGACGUGGACGUGGAGGACUUGGACGUGGACGUGGACGUGGACGUGGUCGUGGAUGUGGUCGUGGACGUGGACCUGGACGUGGACGUGGACGUGGACGUGGACGUGGUCGUGGUCGUGGACGUGGACGUGGACGUGGACUUGGACGUGGACGUGGACGUGGACGUGGACGUGGUCGUGGACGUGGACGUGGACGUGGACGUGGACUUGAACGUGGACGUGGACGUGGACGUGGACGUGGACGUGGUAGUGGACGUGGACGUGGACGUGGAGGACUUGGACGUGGACGUGGACGUGGUCGUGGACGUGGACGUGGACGUGGACGUGGACGUGGUCGUGGACGGUGACGUGGACGUGGUUGUGGACGUGGACGUGGACGUGGACGUGGACGAGGACGUGGACGUGGACGUGGUCGUGGACGUGGACGUGGACGUCGUCGUGGAUGUGGACGUGGACGUGGUCGUGGACGUGGACGUGGUCGUGGACGUGGACGUGGACGUGGACCUGGACGUGAACGUUCACGUGGACGUGGACGUGGACGUGGACGAGGACUUGGACGUGGUCGUGGACGUGGACGUGGACGUGGACGUGGUCGUGGACGUGGACGUGGUCGUGGACGUGGACGUGGACUUGGACAUGGACGUGAUCGUGGACGUGGUCGUGGACGUGGACGUGGACUUGGACGUGGACGUGGACGUGGUCGUGGACGUGAACGUGGACCUGGACCUGGACGUGGACGUGGACGUGGACGUGGACGUGGACGUAGUCGUGGACGUGGACGUGGACCUUGACGUGGACGUGGACGUGGACGUGGACAUGGACGUGGACGUGGACGUGGACGUGGACGUGGAGGACUUGGACGUGGACGUGGACGUGGACGUGGUCGUGGAUGUGGUCGUGGACGUGGACCUGGACGUGGACGUGGACGUGGACGUGGUCGUGGUCGUGGACGUGGACGUGGACGUGGACUUGGACGUGGACGUGGACGUGGACGUGGUCGUGGACGUGGACGUGGACGUGGACGUGGACUUGAACGUGGACGUGGACGUGGACGUGGACGUGGACGUGGACGUGGUAGUGGACGUGGACGUGGACGUGGAGGACUUGGACGUGGACGUGGACGUGGACGUGGUCGUGGACGUGGACGUGGACGUGGACGUGGUCGUGGACGUGGACGUGGACGUGGUCGUGGACGUGGACGUGGACGUGGACGUGGACGAGGACGUGGACUUGGACUUGGUCGUGGACGUGGACGUGGACGUGGUCGUGGAUGUGGACGUGGACGUGGUCGUGGACGUGGACGUGGUCGUGGACGUGGACGUGGACGUGGACCUGGACGAAUUGGACGUGGACGUGGACGUGGACGUGGACGUUGACUUGGACGUGGACGUGGACGUGGUCGUGGACGUGAACGUGGACCUGGACCUGGACGUGGACGUGGACGUGGACGUGGACGUGGACGUAGUCGUGGACGUGGACGUGGACCUUGACGUGGACGUGGACGUGGACGUGGACAUGGACGUGGACGUGGACGUGGACGUGGAGGACUUGGACGUGGACGUGGACGUGGACGUGGUCGUGGAUGUGGUCGUGGACGUGGACCUGGACGUGGACGUGGACGUGGACGUGGACGUGGUCGUGGACGUGGACGUGGACGUGGACUUGGACGUGGACGUGGACGUGGACGUGGUCGUGGACGUGGACGUGGACGUGGACGUGGACUUGAACGUGGACGUGGACGUGGACGUGGACGUGGACGUGGACGUGGUAGUGGACGUAGACGUGGACGUGGAGGACUUGGACGUGGACGUGGACGUGGACGUGGUCAAGGACGUGGACGUGGACGUGGACGUGGACGUGGUCGUGGACGUGGACGUGGACGUGGUCGUGGACGUGGACGUGGACGUGGACGUGGACGUGGACGAGGACGUGGACGUGGACGUGGUCGUGGACGUGGACGUGGACGUGGACGUGGUCGUGGAUGUGGACGUGGACGUGGUCGUGGACGUGGACGUGGUCGUGGACGUGGACGUGGACGUGGACCUGGACGUGAACGUUCACGUGGACGUGGACGUGGACGUGGACGAGGACUUGGACGUGGUCGUGGACGUGGACGUGGACGUGGACGUGGUCGUGGACGUGGACGUGGUCGUGGACGUGGACGUGGACUUGGACAUGGACGUGAUCGUGGACGUGGUCGUGGACGUGGACGUGGACUUGGACGUGGACUUGGACGUGGACGUGGACGUGGACGUGGUCGUGGUCGUGGACGUGGACGUGGACGUGGUCGUGGACGUGGACGUGGUCGUGGACGUGGACGUGGACUUGGACGUGGACGUGGUCGUGGACGUGGUCGUGGACGUGGACCUGGACGUGGUCGUGGACGUGGACGUGGACGUGGACGUGGACGUGGAGGAAUUGGACGUGGACGUGGACGUGGACGUGGUCGUGGACGUGGACGUGGACGUGGACGUGGAGGACUUGGACGUGGGCGUGGACGUGGACGUGGACGUGGACUUGGACGUGGACGUGGACGUGGACGUGGACCUGGACGUGGACGUGGACGUGGACAUGGACGUGGAGGACUUGGACGUGGACGUGGACGUAGACGUGGACGUGGUCGUGGACGUGGACGUGGACGUGGACGUGGACUUGGACGUGGACGUGGACCUGGACGUGGACCUGGACGUGGACGUGGACUUGGACGUGGACGUGGACUUCGACGUGGUCUUGGACGUGGACGUGGAUGUGGACUUGGACGUGGACGUGGACAUGGACGUGGACGUGGUUAUGGAGGUGGACGUGGACUUGGACGUGGACGUGGACGUGGUCGUGGACGUGGACGUGGACCUGGACGUGGACGUGGACGUGGACGUGGAUGUGGACGUGGACGUGGACGUAGUCGUGGACGUGGACGUGGACCUUAACGUUGACGUGGAUGUGGACGUGGACAAGGACGUGGACGUGGACGUGGACGUGGACGUGAAGGACUUGGACGUGGACGUGGACGUGGACGUGGAUGUGGACUUGGACGUGGACGUGGACGUGGACGUGGACGUGGUCGUGGUCGUGGAUGUGGACGUGGAUGUGGACUUGGACGUGGACGUGGACGUGGACGUGGACGUGGUCGUGGACGUGGACGUGGAUGUGGUCGUGGACGUGGACGUGGACGUGGACUUGGACGUGGACGUGGACGUGGACGUGGUCGUGGACGUGGUAGUGGACGUGGACGUGGACGUGGAGGACUUGGACGUGGACGUGGACGUGGACGUGGUCGUGGACGUGGACGUGGACGUGGUCGUGGACGUGGACGUGGACGUGGACGUGGUCGUGGACGUGGAUGUGGACGUGGAUGUGGACGUGGACGAGGACGUGGACGUGGACGUGGUCGUGGUCGUGGACGUGGACGUGGACGUGGACGUGGUCGUGGAUGUGGACGUGGACGUGGACGUGGAAGUGGACGUGGACUUGGACGUGGACCUGGACUUGGACGUGGUCUUGGACGUGGACAUGGAUGUGGACUUGGACGUUGUUGUGGGCGUGGACGUGGACUUGGACGUGGACGUGGACGUGGUCGUGGACGUGGACGUGGACGUGGACCUGGACGUGGACGUGGAUGUGGACGUGGACGUGGACGUAGUCGUGGACGUGGACGUGGAUCUUGACGUGGACGUGGACGUGGACGUGGACAUGGACAUGGACGUGGACGUGGACGUGGAGGACUUGGACGUGGACGUGGACGUGGACGUGGACGUGGACGUGGACUUGGACGUGGACGUGGACGUGGACGUGGACGUGGUCGUGGUCGUGGACGUGGAUGUGGACGUGGACUUGGACGUGGACGUGGACGUGGACGUGGACGUGGACUUGGACGUGGACGUGGACGUAGACGUGGACGUGGACGUGGACCUGGACGUGGACGUGGACGUGGACAUGGACGUGGAGGACUUGGACGUGGACGUGGACGUAGACGUGGACGUGGUCGUGGACGUGGACGUGGACUUGGACGUGGACGUGGACCUGGACGUGGACGUGGACGUGGACGUGGACUUGGACGUGGACGUGGACUUCGACGUGGUCUUGGACAUGGACGUGGAUGUGGACUUGGACGUGGACGUGGACGUGGACGUGGACGUGGUUAUGGAGGUGGACGUGGACUUGGACGUGGACGUGGACGUGGUCGUGGACGUGGACGUGGACGUGGACCUGGACGUGGACGUGGACGUGGACGUGGAUGUGGACGUGGACGUGGACGUAGUCGUGGACGUGGACGUGGACCUUGACGUUGACGUGGAUGUGGACGUGGACAUGGACGUGGACGUGGACGUGGACGUGGACUUGAAGGACUUGGACGUGGACGUGGACGUGGACGUGGACGUGGUCGUGGACGUGGACGUGGACGUGGACGUGGACGUAGUCGACUUGGACGUGGACGUGGACGUGGACGUGGUCGUGGUCGUGGACGUGGACGUGGACGUGGACUUGGACGUGGACGUGGACGUGGUCGUGGACGUGGACGUGGACGUGGACGUGGUCGUGGACGUGGACGUGGAUGUGGUCGUGGACGUGGACGUGGACGUGGACUUGGACGUGGACGUGGACGUGGUCGUGGACGUGGUAGUGGACGUGGACGUGGACAUGGAGGACUUGGACGUGGACGUGGACGUGGACGUGGUCGUAGACGUGGACGUGGACGUGGUCGUAGACGUGGACGUGGACGUGGACGUGGUCGUGGACGUGGACGUGGACGUGGACGUGGACGUGGUCGUGGACGUGAACGAGGACGUGGACGUGGACGUGGACGAGGACGUGGACGUGGUCAUGGACGUGGACGUGGACGUGGACGUGGACGUGGUCGUGGAUGUGGACGUGGACGUGGACGUGGACGUGGACUUGGACGUGGUCUUGGACGUGGACGUGAAUGUGGACUUGGACGUGGACGUGGACGUGGACGUGGACGUGGUUGUGGACGUGGACGUAGACUUGGACGUGGACGUGGACGUGGUCGUGGACGUGGACGUGGACCUGGACGUGGACGUGGACGUGGACGUGGAUGUGGACGUGGACGUGGACGUAGUCGUGGACGUGGACGUGGACCUUGACGUGGACGUGGACGUGGACGUGGACAUGGACGUGGACGUGGACGUGGACGUGGAGGACUUGGACGUGGACGUCGACGUGGACGUGGACGUUGACGUGGUCAUGGACGUGGUCGUGGACGUGGACCUGGACGUGGACGUGGUCGACUUGGACGUGGACGUGGACGUGGACGUGGACGUGGUCGUGGUCGUGGACGUGGACGUGGAUGUGGUCGUGGACGUGGACGUGGACGUGGACGUGGUCGUGGACGUGGACGUGGAUGUGGUUGUGGACGUGGACGUGGACGUGGACUUGGACGUGGACGUGGACGUGGACGUGGUCGUGGACGUGGUAGUGGACAUGGACAAGGACGUGGAGGACUUGGACGUGGACGUGGACGUGGACGUGGUCGUGGACGUGGACGUGGACGUGGACGUGGACGUGGACGUGGACGUGGUCGUGGACGUGGACGUGGAUGUGGUCGUGGACGUGGAUGUGGACGUGGACGUGGACGAGGAUGUGGACGUGGACGUGGUCGUGGACGUGGACGAGGACGUUGACGUGGACGUUGACGUGGACGUGGACGUGGACGUGGUCGUGGACGUGGACGUGGACGUGGACGUGGACGUGGACGUGGUCGUGGACGUGGACGUGGUCGUGGACGUGGACGUGAUUGUGGACGUGGUCGUGGACGUGGACGUGGACGCGGACGUGGACUUGGACGUGGACUUGGACGUGGACGUGGACGUGGACGUGGACGUGGUCGUGGACGUGGACGUGGACGUGGACGUGGACGUGGUCGUGGACGUGGACGUGGAUGUGGACGUGGACGUGGUCGUGGACGUGGACGUGGACGUGGACGUGGACGUGGACGUGGUCGUGGACGUGGACGUGGACGUGGUCGUGGACCUGGACGUGGACGUUGUCGUGGACUUGGACGAGGACGUGGACUUGGACGUGGUCGUGGACGUGGUCGUGGACGUGGACCUGGACGUGGUCGUGGACGUGGACGUGGACGUGGUCGUGGACGUGGACGUGGACCUGGACGUGGACGUGGACGUGGACGUGGUCGUGGACAUGGUCGUGGUCGUGGACGUGGACGUGAACGUGGACGUGGUCGUGGACGUGGACGUGGACUUGGACGUGGACGUGGUCGUGGACGUGGACGUGGACGUGGACGUGGACUUGGACGUGGACGUGGACUUGGACGUGGUCUUGGACGUGGACGUGGAUGUGGACUUGGACGUGGACGUGGACGUGGACGUGGUCGUGGACGUGGACGUGGACUUGGACGUGGACGUGGACGUGGUCGUGGACGUGAACAUGGACCUGGACCUGGACGUGGACGUGGACGUGGACGUGGACGUGGACGUAGUCGUGGACGUGGACGUGGACCUUGACGUGGACGUGGACGUGGACGGGGACAUGGACGUGGACGUGGACGUGGACGUGGACGUGGAGGACUUGGACGUGGACGUGGACGUGGACGUGGACUUGGACGUGGACGUGGACGUGGACGUGGUCGUGGUCGUGGAUGUGGACGUGGACGUGGACUUGGACGUGGACGUGGACGUGGACGUGGACGUGGACGUGGACGUGGAUGUGGUCGUGGACAUGGACGUGGACGUGGACGUGGACUUGGACGUGGAUGUGGACGUGGACGUGGACGUGGACGUGGACUUGGACGUGGACGUGGACGUAGACGUGGACGUGGACGUGGACCUGGACGUGGACGUGGACGUGGACGUAGACGUGGACGUGGUCGUGGACGUGGACUUGGACGUGGACGUGGACUUGGACGUGGACGUGGACCUGGACGUGGACGUGGACGUGGACGUGGACUUGGACGUGGACGUGGACUUCGACGUGGUCUUGGACGUGGACGUGGAUGUGGACUUGGACGUGGACGUGGACGUGGACGUGGACGUGGUUAUGGAGGUGGACGUGGACUUGGACGUGGACGUGGACGUGGUCGUGGACGUGGACGUGGACGUGGACCUGGACGUGGACGUGGACGUGGACGUGGAUGUGGACGUGGACGUAGUCGUGGACGUGGACGUGGACCUUGACGUUGACGUGGAUGUGGACGUGGACAUGGACGUGGACGUGGACGUGGACGUGGACGUGAAGGACUUGGACGUGGACGUGGACAUGGACGUGGACGUGGUCGUGGACGUGGACGUGGACGUGGACGUGGACGUGGACGUAGUCGACUUGGACGUGGACGUGGACGUGGACGUGGUCGUGGACGUGGACGUGGACUUGGACGUGGACGUGGACGUGGUCGUGGACUUGGACGUGGACGUGGUCGUGGACGUGGACGUGGAUGUGGUCGUGGACGUGGACCUGGACGUGGACUUGGACGUGGACGUGGACGUGGACGUGGACGUGGUCGUGGUAGUGGACGUGGACGUGGACGUGGAGGACUUGGACGUGGACGUGGACGUGGACGUGGACGUGGUCGUGGACGUGGAUUUGGACGUGGUCGUGGACGUGGACGUGGACGUGGACGUGGUCGUGGACGUGAACGAGGACGUGGACGUGGACGUGGACGAGGACGUGGACGUGGUCAUGGACGUGGACGUGGACGUGGACGUGGACGUUGUCGUGGAUGUGGACGUGGACGUGGACUUGGACGUGGUCUUGGACGUGGACGUGGAUGUGGACUUGGACGUGGACGUGGACGUGGAUGUGGACGUGAUUGUGGACGUGGACGUGGACUUGGACGUGGAUGUGGACGUGGUCGUGGACGUGGACGUGGACAUGGACCUGGACGUGGACGUGGACGUGGACGUGGAUGUGGACGUGGACGUGGACGUAGUCGUGGACGUGGACGUGGACCUUGACGUGGACAUGGACGUGGACGUGGACAUGGACGUGGACGUGGACGUGGACGUGGAGGACUUGGACGUGGACGUGGACGUGGACGUUGACGUGGUCGUGGACGUGGUCGUGGACGUGGAUCUGGACGUGGACGUGGUCGACUUGGACGUGGACGUGGACGUGGUCGUGGUCGUGGACGUGGACGUGGACGUGGAUGUGGUCGUGGACGUGGACUUGGACGUGGACGUGGUCGUGGACGUGGACGUGGAUGUGGUUGUGGACGUGGACGUGGACGUGGACUUGGACGUGGACGUGGACGUGGUCGUGGACGUGGUAGUGGACAUGGACAAGGACGUGGAGGACUUGGACGUGGACGUGGACGUGGACGUGGUCGUGGACGUGGACGUGGUUGUGGACGUGGACGUGGACGUGGUCGUGGACGUGGACGUGGACGUGGACGUGGUCGUGGACGUGGAUGUGGACGUGGACGUGGACGUGGACGUGGACGAGGACGUGGACGUGGUCGUGGACGUGGACGAGGACGUUGACGUGGACGUUGACGUGGACGUGGUCGACGUGGACGUGGUCGUGGACGUGGACGUGGACGUGGACGUGAACGUUGACGUGGACGUGGACGUGCACGUGGACGUGGACGUGGUCGUGGUCGUGGACGUGGACGUGGACGUGGUCGUGGACGUGGACGUGGUCGUGGACGUGGACGUGAUUGUGGACGUGGUCGUGGACGUGGACGUGGACGUGGACGUGGACGUGGACGUGGACGUGGACGUGGACGUAGACGUGGACGUGGUCGUGGACGUGGACGUGGAUGUGGACGUGGACGUGGUCGUGGACGUGGACGUGGACGUGGACGUGGACGUGGUCGUGGACGUGGACGUGGACGUGGUCGUGGACCUGGACCUGGACGUUGUCGUGGACGUGGACGUGGACGUGGACUUGGACGUGGUCGUGGACGUGGUCGUGGACGUGGACCUGGACGUGGUCGUGGACGUGGACGUGGACGUGGUCGUGGACGUGGACGUGGACGUGGACCUGGACGUGGACGUGGACGUGGACGUGGUCGUGGACAUGGUCGUGGUCGUGGACGUGGACGUGGACGUGGACUUGGACGUGGACGUGGACUUGGACGUGGACGUGGUCGUGGACGUGGACGUGGACGUGGACUUGGACGUGGACGUAGACUUGGACGUGGUCUUGGACGUGGACGUGGAUGUGGACUUGGACGUGGACGUGGACGUGGACGUGGUCGUGGACGUGGACGUGGACUUGGACGUGGACGUGGACGUGGUCGUGGACGUGAACGUGGACCUGGACGUGGACGUGGACGUGGACGUGGACGUAGUCGUGGACGUGGACGUGGACCUUGACGUGGACGUGGACGUGGACGUGGACAUGGACGUGGACGUGGACGUGGACGUGGACGUGGAGGACUUGGACGUCGACGUGGACGUGGACGUGGACUUGGACGUGGACGUGGACGUGGACGUGGUCGUGGUCGUGGACGUGGACGUGGACGUGGACUUGGACGUGGACGUGGACGUGGACGUGGUCGUGGACGUGGACGUGGAUGUGGUCGUGGACAUGGACGUGGACGUGGACGUGGACUUGGACGUGGACGUGGACGUGGACGUGGACGUGGACGUGGUAGUGGACGUGGACGUGGACGUGGAGGACUUGGACGUGGACGUGGACGUGGACGUAGUCGUGGACGUGGACGUGGACGUGGACGUGGUCGUGGACGUGGACGUGGUCGUGGACGUGGACGUGGACGUGGACGUGGACGUGGACGAGGACGUGGACGUGGACGUGGUCGUGGACGUGGACGUGGACGUGGACGUGGUCGUGGAUGUGGACGUGGACGUGGUCGUGGACGUGGACGUGGUCGUGGACAUGGACGUGGACGUGGACCUGGACGUGAACGUUCACGUGGACGUGGACGUGGACGUGGACGAGGACGUGGACGUGGUCGUGGACGUGGACGUGGACGUGGACGUGGUCGUGGACGUGGACGUGGUCGUGGACGUGGACGUGGACUUGGACAUGGACGUGAUCGUGGACGUGGUCGUGAACGUGGACGUGGACUUGGACGUGGACUUGGACGUGGACGUGGACGUGGUCGUGGUCGUGGACGUGGACGUGGACGUGGUCGUGGACGUGGACGUGGUCGUGGACGUGGACGUGGACUUGGACGUGGACGUGGUCGUGGACGUGGUCGUGGACGUGGACCUGGACGUGGUCGUGGACGUGGACGUGGACGUGGACGUGGACAAGGAGGAAUUGGACGUGGACGUGGAUGUGGACGUGGUCGUGGACGUGGACGUGGACGUGGACGUGGAGGACUUGGACGUGGUCGUGGACGUGGACGUGGACGUGGACGUGGACUUGGACGUGGACGUGGACGUAGACGUGGACGUGGACGUGGACCUGGACGUGGACAUGGACGUGGACAUGGACGUGGAGGACUUGGACGUGGACGUGGACGUAGACGUGGACGUGGUCGUGGACGUGGACGUGGACGUGGACGUGGACUUGGACGUGGACGUGGACCUGGACGUGGACGUGGACGUGGACUUGGACGUGGACGUGGACUUCGACGUGGUCUUGGACGUCGACGUGGAUGUGGACUUGGACGUGGACGUGGACGUGGACGUGGACGUGGUUAUGGAGGUGGACGUGGACUUGGACGUGGAUGUGGACGUGGUCGUGGACGUGGACGUGGACGUGGACCUGGACGUGGACGUGGACGUGGAUGUGGACGUGGACGUGGACGUAGUCGUGGACGUGGACGUGGACCUUGACGUUGACGUGGAUGUGGACGUGGACAUGGACGUGGACGUGGACGUGGACGUGAAGGACUUGGACGUGGACGUGGACGUGGACGUGGACGUGGACUUGGACGUGGACGUGGACGUGGACGUGGACGUGGUCGUGGUCGUGGACGUGGACGUGGACGUGGACUUGGACGUGGACGUGGACGUGGUCGUGGACGUGGACGUGGACGUGGACGUGGUCGUGGACGUGGACGUGGAUGUGGUCGUGGACGUGGACGUGGACGUGGACGUGGACGUGGACGUGGACGUGGUCGUGGACGUGGUAGUGGACGUGGACGUGGACGUGGAGGACUUGGACGUGGACGUGGACGUGGACGUGGUCGUGGACGUGGACGUGGACGUGGACGUGGUCGUGGACGUGGACGUGGACGUGGUCGUGGACGUGGAUGUGGACGUGGACGUGGACGUGGACGAGGACGUGGACGUGGACGUGGUCGUGGACGUGGACGUGGACGUGGACGUGGUCGUGGAUGUGGACGUGGACGUGGACGUGGAAGUGGACGUGGACUUGGACGUGGACGUGGACUUGGACGUGGUCUUGGACGUGGACGUGGAUGUGGACUUGGACGUCGUUGUGGACGUGGACGUGGACUUGGACGUGGACGUGGACGUGGUCGUGGACGUGGACGUGGACGUGGACCUGGACGUGGACGUGGACGUGGAUGUGGACGUGGACGUGGACGUAGUCGUGGACGUGGACGUGGACCUUGACGUGGACGUGGACGUGGACGUGGACAUGGACGUGGACGUGGACGUGGAGGACUUGGACGUGGACGUGGACGUGGACGUGGACGUGGACUUGGACGUGGACGUGGACGUGGACGUGGACGUGGUCGUGGUCGUGGACGUGGACGUGGACGUGGACUUGGACGUGGACGUGGACGUGGUCGUGGACGUGGACGUGGACGUGGUCGUGGACGUGGACGUGGAUGUGGUCGUGGACGUGGACGUGGACGUGGACUUGGACGUGGACGUGGACGUGGACGUGGUCGUGGACGUGGUAGUGGACGUGGACGUGGACGUGGAGGACUUGGACGUGGACGUGGACGUGGACGUGGACGUGGUCGUGGACGUGGACGUGGACGUGGUCGUGGACGUCGACGUGGACGUGGACGUGGUCGUGGACGUGGACGUGGACGUGAACGUGGACGUGGACGAGGACGUGGACGUGGACGAGGACGUGGACGUGGUCGUGGACGUGGACGUGGACGUGGACGUGGACGUGGAGGUGGACGUGGUCGUGGUCGUGGACGUGGACGUGGUCGUGGACGUGGACGUGGACGUGACCGUGGACAUGGACGUGAACGUUGACGUGGACGUGGACGUGGACGUGGACGAGGACGUGGACGUGGUCGUGGACGUGGACGUGGACGUGGUCGUGGACGUGGACGUGGUCGUGGACGUGGACGUGGACUUGAACAUGGACGUGAUCGACGUGGACGUGGACGUGGUCGUGGACGUGGACGUGGACGUGGUCGUGGACGUGGACGUGGACGUGGUCGUGGACGUGGACGUGGACGUGGACGUGGACGUGGUCGUGGACGUGGACGUGGACGUGGACGUGGACGUGGACGUGGACGUGGUCCUGGACGUGGACGUGGACGUGGUCGUGGACCUGGACGUGGACGUUGUCGUGAACUUGGACGAGGACGUGGACUUGGACGUGGACGUGGACGUGGACGUGGUCGUGGACGUGGACGUGGACGUCGUCGUGGACGUGGACGUGGACUUGGUCGUGGACCUGGACGUUGACGUGGUCGUGGACUUGGACGUGGACGUGGACUUGGACGUGGACGUGGACGUGGACGUGGUCGUGAACGUGGACGUGGACGUGGUCGUGAACGUUGACGUGGACGUGGACGUGGACGUGGACGAGGACGUGGACGUGGUCGUGGACGUGGACGUGGACGUGGUCGUGGACGUGGACGUGGUCGUGGACGUGGACGUGGACUUGGACAUGGACGUGAUCGACGUGGACGUGGACGUGGUCGUGGACGUGGACGUGGACGUCGUCGUGGACGUGGACGUGGACUUGGUCGUGGACCUGGACGUGGACGUGGUCGUGGACUUGGACGUGGACGUGGACUUGGACGUGGACGUGGACGUGGACGUGGUCGUUAACGUGGACGUGGACGUGGACUUGGACGUGGACGUGGUCGUGGACGUGGUCGUGGACGUGGACCUGGACGUGGUCGUGAACGUGGACGUGGUCGUGGACGUGGACGUGGACGUGGACCUGGACGUGGACGUGGACGUGGACGUGGUCGUGGACAUGGUCGUGGUCGUGGACGUGGACGUGGACGUGGACGUGGACGUGGUCGUGGACGUGGACGUGGACUUGGACGUGGACGUGGACUUGGACGUGGACGUGGACGUGGUCGUGGACGUGGACGUGGUCGUGGACGUGGACGUGGACGUGGACGUGGACGUGGACCUGGUUGUGGACGUGGACGUGGACGUGGACGUGGUCGAGGACGUGGUCGUGGACGUGGACCUGGACGUGGUCGUGGACGUGGACUUUGACGUGGACGUGGACGUAGUCGUGGUCGUGGACAUGGACGUGGACGUGGUCGUGGACGUGGACUUGGACGUUGACGUGGACCUGGACGUGGACGUGGACCUGGACGUGGACGUGGACGUGGACGACGUGGACGUGGACGUGGUCGUGGACGUGGACGUGGACGUGGUCGUGGACGUGGACGUGGACGUGGUCGUGGACGUGGACAUGGACGUGGACGUGGUCGUGGACGUGGACGUGGACGUGGACGUGGACGUGGUCCUGGACGUGGACGUGGACGUGGUCGUGGACCUGGACGUGGACGUUGUCGUGGACUUGGACGAGGUCGUGGACUUGGACGUGGACGUGGACGUGGUCGUGGACGUGGACGUGGACGUCGUCGUGGACGUGGACGUGGACUUGGACUUGGACGUGGUCGUGGACGUGGUCGUGGUCGUGGACGUGGACCUGGACGUGGUCGUGGACGUGGACGUGGUCGUGGACGUGGACGUGGACGUGGACGUGGACGUGGACGUGGUCGUGGACAUGGUCGUGGUCGUGGACGUGGACGUGGACGUGGACGUGGUCGUGGACGUGGACGUGGACUUGGACGUGGACGUGGACUUGGACGUGGACGUGGACGUGGUCGUGGACGUGGUCGUGGACGUGGACGUGGACGUGGACGUGGACCUGGUUGUGGACGUGGACGUGGACGUGGACGUGGACGUGGUCGUGGACGUGGUCGUGGACGUGGACCUGGACGUGGAGGACUUGGACGUGGACGUGGACGUAGUCGUGGUCGUGGACGUGGACGUGGACGUGGUCGUGGUCGUGGACUUGGACGUUGACGUGGACCUGGACGUGGACGUGGACCUGGACGUGGACGUGGACGUGGACGUGGACGUGGUCGUGGACGUGGACGUGGACGUGGACGUGGACGUGGUCGUGGACGUGGACGUGGACGUGGUCGUGGACCUGGACGUGGACGUGGUCGUGGACUUGGACGUGGACGUGGACUUGGACGUGGACGUGGACGUGGUCGUGGAUGUGGACGUGGACGUGGUCGUGGACAUGGACGUGGUCGUGGACGUGGACGUGGACGUAAACGUGGACAUGGACGUGAACGUUGACGUGGACGUGGACGUGGACGAGGACGUGGACGUGGUCGUGGACGAGGACGUGGACGUGGACGUGGACGUGGACGUGGUCGUGGACGUGGACGUGGACUUGGAUAUGGACGUGAUCGACGUGGACGUGGACAUGGUCGUGGACGUGGACGUGGACGUGGUCGUGGACGUGGACGUGGACGUGGUCGUGGACGUGGACGUGGACGUGGACGUGGACGUGGUCGUGGACGUGGACGUGGACGUGGACGUGGACGUGGACGUGGACGUGGUCCUGGACGUGGACGUGGACGUGGUCGUGGACCUGGACGUGGACGUUGUCGUGGACUUGGACGAGGUCGUGGACUUGGACGUGGACGUGGACAUGGUCGUGGACGUGGACGUGGAUGUCGUCGUGGACGUGGACGUGGACUUGGACUUGGACGUGGUCGUGGACGUGGUCGUGGACGUGGACCUGGACGUGGUCGUGGACGUGGACGUGGUCGUGGACGUGGACCUGGACGUGGACGUGGACGUGGACGUGGUCGUGGACAUGGUCGUGGUCGUGGACGUGGACGUGGACGUGGACGUGGUCGUGGACGUGGACGUGGACUUGGACGUGGACGUGGACUUGGACGUGGACGUGGACGUGGUCGUGGACGUGGACGUGGUCGUGGACGUGGACGUGGACGUGGACGUGGACGUGGACCUGGUUGUGGACGUGGACGUGGACGUGGACGUGGACGUGGUCGUGGACGUAGUCGUGGACGUGGACCUGGACGUGGUCGUGGACGUGGACUUUGACGUGGACGUGGACGUAGUCGUGGUCGUGGACGUGGACGUGGACGUGGUCGUGGACGUGGACUUGGACGUUGACGUGGACCUGGACGUGGACGUGGACCUGGACGUGGACGUGGGCGUGGACGUGGACGUGGACGUGGUCGUGGACGUGGACGUGGACGUGGACGUGGACGUGGACGUGGACGUGGACGUGGACGUGGUCGUGGACCUGGACGUGGACGUGGUCGUGGACUUGGACGUGGACGUGGACUUGGACGUGGACGUGGACGUGGUCGUGGACGUGGUCGUGGACGUGGACGUAGACGUGGACGUGGACCUGGUUGUGGACGUGGACGUGGACGUGGACGUGGACCUGGACGUGGACGUGGUCGUGGACAAGGACAAGGACGUGGACGUGGACGUGGACGUGGUCGUGGACGUGGACGUGGACGUGGACGUGGUCGUGGACGUGGACGUGGACUUGGUCGUAGAUGUGGACGUGGACUUGGACUUGGACGUGGUCGUGGACGUAGUCGUGGACGUGGACCUGGACGUGGUCGUGGACGUGGACUUUGACGUGGACGUGGACGUGGACGUGGUCGUGGUCGUGGACGUGGACGUGGACGUGGUCGUGGACGUGGACUUGGACGUUGACGUGGACCAGGACGUGGACGUGGACCUGGACGUGGACGUGGACGUGGACGUGGACGUGGUCAUGGACGUGGACGUGGUCGUGGACGUGGACGUGGACGUGGACGUGGACGUGGUCGUGGACGUGGACGUGGAUGUGGUCGUGGACCUGGACAUGGACGUGGUCGUGGACUUGGACGUGGACGUGGACUUGGACGUGGACGUGGAUGUGGUUGUGGACUUGGACGUGGACGUGGUCGUGGACUUGGACGUGGACUUUGACGUGGACGUGGACGUGGACGUGGUCGUGGUCGUGGACGUGGACGUGGACGUGGACGUGGUCGUGGACGUGGACUUGGACGUUGACGUGGACCUGGACGUGGACGUGGACCUGGACGUGGACGUGGACGUGGUCGUGGACGUGGACGUGGUCGUGGACGUGGACGUGGACGUGGACGUGGUCGUGGACGUGGACGUGGACGUGGUUGUGGACGUGGACGUGGACGUGGUCGUGGACUUGGACGUGGACGUGGACUUGGACGUGGACGUGGACGUCGACGUGGACCUGGACGUGGACGUGGACGUGGACGUGGUCGUGGACAUGGUCGUGGUCGUGGACGUGGAUGUGGACGUGGAAGUGGUCGUGGACGUGGACGUGGACUUGGACGUGGACGUGGACUUGGACGUGGACGUGGACGUGGUCGUGGACGUGGACGUGGACGUGGUCGUGGACGUGGACGUGGACGUGGACGUGGACGUGGACCUGGUGGUGGACGUGGACGUGGACGUGGACCUGGACGUGGACGUGGUCGUGGACAAGGACGUGGACGUGGACGUGGACGUGGUCGUGGACGUGGACGUGGACUUGGUCGUGGAUGUGGACGUGGACUUGGACUUGGACGUGGUCGUUGACGUAGUCGUGGACGUGGACCUGGACGUGGUCGUGGACGUGGACUUGGACAUGGACGUGGACGUGGACGUGGUCGUGGUCGUGGUCGUGGACGUGGACGUGGACGUGGACGUGGACGUGGUCGUGGUCGUGGACGUGGACUUGGACGUUGACGUGGACCUGGACGUGGACGUGGACCUGGACGUGGUCGUGGACGUGAACGUGGACUUGGACGUGGAGUUGGACGUGGACGUGGACGUGGACGUGGACGUGGUCGUCGACGUGGACGUGGACGUGGACGUGGACGUGGACGUGGUCGUGGACGUGGACGUGGUCGUGGUCGUGGACUUGGACGUGGACGUGGACGUGGACGUGGACAUGGACGUGGUCGUGGACCUGGACGUGGUCGUGGACGUGGACGUGGACGUGGUCGUGGACGUGGACGUGGACGUCGCCGUGGACGUGGUCGUGGACGUGGUCGUGGACGUGGACGUGUACGUGGACGUGGUCGUGGACGUGGACGUGUACGUGGACGUGGACGAAGACGUGGACCCGGACGUGGACCCGGACGUGGAUGUGGACGUGGACGUGGAUGUGGUUGUGGACGUGGACGUGGACGUGGACGUGGUCGUGGACGUGGAUGUGGUCGUGGUCGUGGACGUGGACGUGGACAUGGUCGUGGACGUGGGCGUGGACGUGGUCGUGGACGUGGACUUGGACGUGGACUUGGACGUGGACUUGGACGUGGACGUGGACGUGGACCCGGACGUGGACGUGGAUGUGGACGUGGACGUGGACGUGGUCGUGGACGUGGACGUGGACGUGGUCGUGGACGUGGACGUGGUCAUGGACGUGGACGUGGUCGUGGACGUGGACGUGGACGUGGUCGUGGACGUGGUCGUGGUCGUGGACGUGGACGUGGUCGUGGACGUGGACGUGGACUUGGACGUGGACCUGGAGGUGGUCGUGGACGUGGACGUGGACGUGGACGUGGUCGUGGACGUGGACGUGGUCGUGGACGUGGACGUGGACGUGGACGUGGACCUGGACGUGGACGUGGUCGUGGACAAGGACGUGGACGUGGACGUGGUCGUGGACGUGGACGUAGACGUGGUCGUGGACGUGGACUUGGUCAUGGACGUGGACGUGGACGUGGAUUUGGACUUGGACGUGGUCGUGGACGUGGUCGUGGACGUGGACCUGGACGUGGUCGCGGACGUGGACGUGGACGUGGUCGUGGUCCAGGAGCUUGCUUGGCAAGCUCCUCGACCAGGCAAGCUCGUGGACCAGACAAGCUCUUGGACCAGGCAAGCUCCUGAAUCAGGCAAGCUCGUGGACCAGGCAAGCUCCUGGACCAGGCACGCUCCUUGA